AUGGCGCAGAAGUUCGGGCACGGCGUAGAUGAUACGCAGCUCACGCCUCUGCAGUGGGAAUCCGAGGCUCAAAGGCUGUAUAAUGAAUGCGCGAAGGAGCUCAACAGUCUCGCCAAGGAGGUGCCAAGUUUUCUUCGCCCGACGGUCAAGAAACACUACUUUCAAAGCACGAGCCCCGCACUAUUGGCUCAUCUAUACGCGCAAUGCUUGCGAGCGAACACGGAGGGCUUGGCUGACGGCUGGAAUGCUCUGCCACCUGCGGCAGUGCUGGCGCUGCCUAGCUGGUUAUGGCAGCAGCUCUACAGCUUGAACGUCAUCCGGAAUGAGAUGCAGUUACCCCCCGAGUUGCGAUCUGAUCCGCCAAUUGAGUGCACGCCAGCAGCCGGCGGCGCAAGAGCGGAAGAGAUUAGUCAAGAAAAGUCAGACCUGAUUCGUCUGCUGCAGAGGCACUACCACGACAAACAUAUCACUCUUGCCCAUGUCUACGCAAUCCGCCGAGUCUAUCGCGGCAACAUGGAUCGUGUCCAGAGUCUGUUCCAGCUAGCUGUGCAGCAUGGAGCGGGUCAAGUGGAAGGAUCACAUGCAAGUGGAGGGCCUCGAACACGCAACCAACACCCUUUCCGCUUGAGACUCACCUUGGCAUCCAUGCCCGAGGAGCAGCGUUUGGCACUCAGAGUUGUCACUGGCUUGCAGCGCUCACUGCCGGCUGUGGCGUCGCGAGCGAUUUUGGACUUGGGGGGGUCAUGGGGGGGCCGACGACAUGCCUGCGUGCCCCUACACUUGGCAGCAGCCGCUGCGCUCUCAGACCUGCCGCCGCAAAUGCGGAGAAGCCUCAUUGCUGCGGCGUGGGCGGUGGCGACGGAAAAUUCCUUGCCCUUGGACAUGACACCUCGCCCAAAUGCCUCCCCAUGGACACUGGAGAAGUAUCACAUCAUGCUGUGUGAAUGCAAUGUGUCACAAGAAGUUGUGUAUGUAGCGGGCGGAGCGUCAUCCCCCUUGAUGAGCUGGCGUAUGGGUGCGAAGCAGGGUGGCCAUCAGCUCCUCCUGGUAGUUGAUGUGGAGGCAGAGCAUUGCAGUCUGUUGCUGGAGGAUCCGAACCACCCAGAGGCUGCGGCCAGUUCGAGUGACGCACCGUCAGCAGGCGGCUGUGAUGCGCAUGAGCUCACGACUUCUCGCUUCAAGGCGGGCGGACCAAAAAUGAUUGCGGGGCCAAAGAAGAAGCCUGCGAACAGAGUUCUCAAGCGUCCAGCUGCGAACGGAAUUCUCAAGCGCCCAGCUGCGAACAAAGUACAGAGACCAUUAGCAUCGCAGGAUGAAGAUGAAUCUGCUGAGUUCACUCUAACAAAACCGGAGGUGCAUGAAAAGCCCCCGUGGAGCCGCGAAGCGUUUGUGCAGAAGCUGCGUCAAUGGGCGCGUGCGAGCCGCAGGCAGCCUACAUCAAUCAAGGUGAGCCGGAAUGAUUGGCAUCGAGAGAACUACUACUAUCGCUUCCAGUGUAGUUCUUGCGCCAGAGGUUGCGCCUGGAGAGGCGCUGCGAGCUACGAGGUUGAUGCCAGACGCUACUCCUUCCGGGCCACAUCGGUCUCUCAACAGUCUAUUGGCAGACGACGCUGGGGCGACUCUGGCCUGACCCGGGUAGUGAAAGACAUCAUUCGCGAGUAUCUACUGCAGCAUCCCGGCGGAGCACGGCUGCAACACAUGAUGCAGGUGUUGAACCACCGGGUUGACGACCUGGACGUCCCUGUACCUGCGGAGAAGCUAGUUCGCAUCUAUUUGCAGAAUUUGAGACAGCGUGACGAAAGCAUACAGCAGGUGCUACAGCGGACGAUGCCUUCCAUAGAUGACCCGGACUUGCCGCAGCAAGAGCUCAUGGUGUGCAUUGUCUCGACAGAGCACUCUGUAACUUACGAGAGGAUGUUUCAGGAUCUCGACCACCUGAUGCACAGAUUGUGCGGCGUGCCUCAGUUCUCUGCCUUGGUGGGCCAAGUGCAUGGUGAUUUCCAUAGCGGCCUGCAGAUCGCACGGGAAAACCACUUCAGGCGCGCAGUGUUUGCUGGCGAUUUCUCACACUGCAUCGGUGCUACACGUGUGAAGAGGAAGGAGCAGGGGCUCAUGCCAGAGACAGAGUAUCCAUGGAGAGGGGGAAUUUUCACAACCGUGAAGAAGGUCUUACGCGAUGCUUCCAGACUUCAGCUGGUGGAACAGGUGGUCCACAUGUCUAGGGUGCUGCCGUGGCCGCUCUUUCAUGCGGCUUGGGACCAGCUCUAUCGCGCACUAAUAAGUGUAGGUGAAAUGGAAGCCGUGCGCAAGAUCAAAACAUACUACGUACAUGAGGUUGCAUCGCAGUACCGUGCCCAUUGGGCGGCUGCCUCAUUGCAGCCUGGCUCCUACUGCGGCUCGCAACCACAAGAGAGCUACCACCGGCAUCGCUUGCGAGCAGGGAUCACGUCAUUGUGGCAGCCCAUGCAAAGCCUCUUGGAGGAGUUGGACCUUUUCAUGAAAACCCGAGCCACGGAGGCCAGGCAAGACACAUGUUCCCCCAUGGUCGAUGUACCGUGCGGAGCUUGGUCGCCAACAUUCAGGGCAGAGGCGGCUGUGUAUAUUGAUGGGGGGCAUUAUCUCGCGGAAAAAAAGGACGAGAACAUCUUCCUGGCCAUGCGGCGCGAUGUGCACUCGAUCCCAUAUGCGAAGACACCUCUGACACCAGAUGUGCUUUCUCAGCUUCAGCGACUGCUCUUGGUCGACCCAGAGUCUAUGGCAUGUGCUGCAUCCCUGUGUGGUCUGGGCGCCAGCGCAGAAGGAACUCCAGAAGGCAUGACAGCCACCGUCGCUACUCUACAGCGCUGGGUCCUCACUAUAGUGGGGCCUGUGGCAGAAACUGUCUGGGCAUGGCAGCCUACAGAGCGUGUGGCAAGCCACUCCAGCGCCCGGUGCCUGCUUUGCAAGACGUUUGCAAUCUAUGGAAGCUGCAGCCACUGCUACGUGGCCUUCCGCGUGUCCGGUCUACUGUGCGAGGAGAGUAAGCUGGCGGAGGUAGCCCCAAAGCAGCGGCUGCGAUCAAAAGGAGCCCUCUUGACCCCCACCAAAGCUCCGCUCAAACCAGACCUUGGAUCAGAGGCUGCACGCGAGCCCGAUAAACGGGCCAGUGAUGGGGUGUCGCUUGAUCUUCGGAGGCUGCUUCUGCUCCACGGCUUGCACGGAUUCACGGACCUUGUUGCGCAGUACGAGCUCACGCGAGAAGAGUUGGUGCAUUGGGAUGUUUCGGCGCUGGUGUCGCUCCUACGUUCCCCGGCCGGACCCACGCGACGCUUUUUGCAGGACAUCAAGGAAGGCGUAAACUCCAAGGCAGCGACUGGAUCCGCAUGCGGCGCUCCUGUUCCAGCAGCCACGCUCGCCUUGGAGGCAGUCGCCGAAUCCGCGCACGCCGCUGCUGUGCCAGCACCGACGCUCGCCUUGGAGGCAGUGCCUGGAUCCGCGCCCGCCGCGGCCGUGAAAACACCCACGCCCGCCGCGGAGGACCAGAAGAAGCGGAGCUACGCGCGCCUAGCUGACGCCGGGCUGCUCCGCAAGCCGCGGAAUUUUUGA